GGAUAAUGGGACUGUGCAUCAAUGUGGUAAAGGAACGACCUGCGCACUCGCUGCCGCCGCCUCAAGAACACAUCUGGAUUUUCCAGCAGCAAAACACAGGACUCCAUCCACGUACUAUCAUUAUUGCAAAGAAAAAUAGUCCAGAUCUGGAAAGAUGUUUGGAAUUCAACCACGUCAACAGAUAAUAGUCCUCUGGAGUACUCCAGUUAAUGCGGAGGAACUACAAACGCUUGUUGGAGAACUUAAGUCAGCAGUUGGAAAUGAAGGGAAGGUGGCAGUUGAGAACUCAGAUAUGCUAAUGACUUCCAACCAUCAAGGAAGUACCUUUGACCAUGUACUAGCAGGUGUUCUUCCCCCUUUUACAUUCCUUUGUCCAGUCAACAUCUUGGGUGAAGCUCUUCGUAUUCUUAAACCAAGCGGAUGCUUAACUGUAAGAACGACAGACACAAGUGCCACACAGUCAAAUUUGAAACUAGCAGGUUUCACUUCCAUAUCAGAACCAAAGAAUGCAAAUCUUACAGAUGAACAGAAAAGGGACCUUACAACAUCAGUUGUAGAGGUGACAUGUAAAAAGCCCAAUUUUGAAGUGGGCUCAGCCAUGAAACUUUCAUUUGCAAAACCCCCUGUAUCAAAGCCAUCGGUUGGUACUUGGAACAUUGAUUUGGAUGAUAAUGAUGUAGAUCUAGCUGACCCAGAUGAUUUACUAACAGAAGAGGACUUGAGCCGACCUGACCCUGCAAGUCUGAAGGUGUGUGGAACUACAGGGCAACGCAAGGCCUGUAAAAACUGUGUUUGCGGUUUAAAAGAAGAACUUGAUGCAGAGAACAUGAAGACUGUUGAAGAAAACAAGAAAAACUUUAAAUCAUCAUGUGGUAGCUGUUACCUUGGGGAUGCAUUCAGGUGUGCCUCUUGUCCAUAUCUUGGGAUGCCUGCAUUUAAGCCAGGAGAAAAGGUGAAGCUUACAGACAGCACACUCCAGGAUACAAAUUGAGAUUUUUUUUUUAUAGAAUUUUGGUAAUACCUCAUGUUUCUUUAGAUUCAGUGUUAUCAUAUUCAUGGUUGUCCAAAAGGAUAAAUUAAUUUUGGUUUAUACAUAGAGUCAUUAUGGUGUGUGAAUCAGGUAUUUAAUAGUAUGUUAUAAGUAAGCAGAGCCAUAUAUACAAUAUAUAUUAUAUAUUUUUACUGAACUACUUGAAUAUUUACUAAUGAUAAUGAAUUUAUGUUCAACAUAAUGUGUUCAAUAUUAUUUUUUGUAUUCUGUAAAGAUCUUGCAGAAUUUGAGUGUACUGUACCUAUAAAUAAGCUAAAUACAGUAUAAAGAUGCA